AUGGGUAAAAAAAAGAAUUCUUCCUCGUCGAGCGAGGACCUUUGUAACAUACAAAACAUAUCUCAAGACUCUGUAACUGCUACGAUUCGUGACCGUUAUCAACAUGAUUUAAUAUACACUCGUUUAAACGCUUCCGCUCUUGUGGCUGUUAACCCUCAUAAAAAACUUGACAUCUUCAAUGAAUCAACUGUUCAAGACUAUGUCGCUGACUAUAAAGACACUUCGAGUCAAAGUACUCCUUUACCUCCUCACGCUUUUCAAAUUGCUUCUCAUGCUUAUUUACAUAUGCGACGUACUGGACAAGACCAAUCUAUAAUAUUAAAUGGUGAAUCUGGGAGUGGAAAAUCAGAAACUAGAAAACUUUUAGUAAAACAAUUAACCGCUCUAAGUGCUCAUCAUAAAAAAGCUUCUCGCGUUCAAACUCAAGUUCCUUAUUCAGAGUUUAUUUUGGAUUCUUUUGGUAAUGCAAAAACAAUAUCCAAUAAUAAUGCUUCUAGAUUCGGAAAAUAUACUGAGCUUCAAUUUAAUGAACGUGGAAAAUUAAUCGGUGCUAAAACUCUUGAUUAUCUUUUGGAAAAAAAUCGCGUCUCUAAUGUUCCUUCAAAUGAAAGAAAUUUUCAUGUUUUUUAUUAUUUAAUCGCUGGUGCUUCUCAAGAAGAAAAAGCUCAUCUUCAUCUCACUGAAAUUUCUCAAUAUCGUUAUCUUAAUGUCGCUAAAGGUGUUAGAUCUUCAAUUGAUGAUGUUGAUAAUUUCAAUGAAUUAAAACAAGCUCUAAAGUCUCUUGGAUUUCAUAAAAAACAUGUCGCUCAAAUGUUUCAACUUUUGGCUUCAAUUUUACAUUUGGGUAAUUUACAAUUCAUUCAAGAUGCUAAUAAAAAUAAGGAAGCUGCUAUUGUUAAAAACUUGGAUGUUUUGAGCUUGGUCGCUGACUUUUUAGGAGUUGAUGCUACUUCUCUAGAAAAUGUUCUCACUUAUAAAACUAAGUUAAUAAAAAAGGAAAUGUGUACUAUAUUCUUAGAUGCUGAUUCUGCUUCGAUACAGCGUGAUGAUUUUGUAAAGGCUCUUUAUUCUUUAUUAUUCAGUUGGAUCGUAGAAUAUAUUAACACAAAACUUUGUCAAGAUGACUUUGUUAAUUUUGUCGGUAUUUUAGAUUUAAUCGGUUUUCAAAAUUUACCUUCUAAUUCUUUAGAUCAAUUCUGUGUCAAUUUUGCAAAUGAAAAAGUUCUUAAUUUUACUUUAAAUCAAAUUUUUGAAGCCCGUAAAGAGGAAUUUCAAUCUGAAGGAAUUAACUUUUUUGAAAUACCUUACGUAGAUAAUAAUGAAUGUUUACGUAUGAUUGAAAAACCUUCUACUGGUUUAAUUUAUAUUAUGAACGAUCAAGCUAAUAAGUCGAAUCGUAAAACUGAUCAAACUAUGUUGGAUGCUUUUAAUAAAAAAUAUUCUGAACAUAGUUCUUUCAUUCCUACUGGAAAAAGUUUGAAUUCUCUUCCAACUUUUGGUAUUCGUCAUUUCGCUGGUGAAGUUACUUAUGAUUCUUCCGGCUUCCUUGAAAAAAACAUUGAUAAUCUUUGUGCAGAUUUUGUCUCUCUAUUUCGUAGUGAAGGUUCUGCUUCAUCUAGUAAUCAAUUCAUUGCAGGUCUUUUUACUGAUCAAGCUGUUGCUACCGAAUCUCAUCCAAGGAAUGAUGAUACGAUUGUUGCUGCUCAACAAUCUGUUAAACCUAUGCGUGCUCCUUCAAUGCGUCGAAAAAAAUCUACCACUGAUUCUCCUAAUAAGCCUAAAGUAGCUUGUGUUGCUACUCAAAUUUCUUCAGCUCUUGAUGAAUUAUGUGAAACGCUUGAUGAGACUUUACCUUGGUUCAUUUUCUGUAUAAGACCUAAUGAUGCUCAACUUCCAAAUAAUUUUAAUCAAAAAGUUGUUCAAAAUCAAAUAAAAUCUCUUAGAAUACCUGAAUUAGCAAAACAAUUACAAAUGGAUUACACUAUCGGAAUGAUGCAUUUGGACUUUUUGGAAAGAUAUUCUCAUAUAUUAAAUUCUAUAGGAUUAGAUCAAUAUAAAGAUCCAAAAGCAAAAUGUGAUGCUAUAGCUAAUAAUUUUGGUUGGAAUUCAUUAGAUAUGGCAGUUGGAUAUAAUAAGACUUAUUUAAGUGAAAAAGCAUGGCAUAAUUUAGAAGAUAUGCUUAGAAGAACGGAUAAUGAAGAAAAACGAAAAAAGAAGUCAGAUAAAAAAGGUGUUUCUAAGAUACCUGAUAAUGGUCAAAAUGAUGAUGCAAUGUCUCAAGCUUCAUAUCCUUCAAAUCAAGAAUUAUAUAGUGGUCCUCGUCGCCUUUCUCCACCAAGAAAUUUUGAUCAACAAUCUUUUUAUUCUGGUGAUGAUAAUCGUUCAAAUUAUUCUGAUGAAAAUUAUCAAGAAGAAGGUUAUAGUCAAUAUGGUGAAAGCACUACUGCUGCUCGUAAAAAAUGGGUAUUUCUUACUUGGUUACUCACUUGGUGGAUCCCUCCAUGUUUCUUAAGUUGUUGUGGUGGUAUGAAACGUAAAGACAUUCAAAUGGCUUGGCGUGAAAAGGUUGCUCUUUGUAUUAUUAUAGCCUUAAUAUCUUGUUUGGUUAUUUUUGUUAUCGCUGUCUUGGGCUUUUUAAUUUGCCCUAGAGUAUAUAUUUAUAGCGAUGCUGAAGUUCAAGCUCAUAGUUUUGAUACUUCUCCGGACAAUGUCUUUGUCUCUAUUCGAGGUCAAGUUUUUUCUCUGAGUAGCUUCGCUCCUCGUCAUAUACCAACUAUCGUUGAUCAAAAAUCAAUAUUAGCUUAUGGUGGUACCGAUGCAUCAAAAUUAUUCCCUGUUCAGGUUAGUGCACUUUGUGCUGGUGUUGACCCUAGGGUAACUUUUGAUUAUAAUCUUGGCAACAAUGCGGAUCCAAAUGCUAGAUAUCAUGACUUCCGUUACUUUACUGGUGAUUAUCGACCUGAUUGGUACUUUGAAGAAAUUUUAUUACAAAUGAGAGCUCAAUAUUUAGUUGGUCAAAAAGGUUAUCCACCACAAAAUAUACAAGAUAUGGCUACUUCUAGUAAGAAACAAGUUGCUAUUCUUUAUGACAGUGUAUAUGAUCUUACAUCUUAUGUCAUGGGUGGUCGUGGCGCCUUAGGUCCUAAUAACACUAAUGUUACGGAUUCUGUCAACUUAAAUUUCAUGAAUGAAAUGAUUGUAUCACUUUUCACUUCUAGUAGUGGUCUUGAUAUAAGUAAAAAAUUCGAUUCCCUACCCCUUAGUCAAGAUCAAAAAAACGAUCAGUUAACUUGUUUGAAAAAUUUAUUCUAUAUUGGAAAAGUGGAUCAUCGUAAUUCUCCACAAUGUCUUUUCUCCAAUUAUAUCUUACUCGCAUUUUCGGGAGUUCUAGUCGCUGUAAUUUUAUUCAAGUUUUUAGCAGCUUUACAAUUAGGGGCAAGACGAGAACCUGAAGAACAUGAUAAAUUUGUCAUUUGUCAAGUUCCUUGUUAUACUGAAAGUGAAGAAUCAAUGCGUAAAACUCUGGAUUCUCUAGCUGUUUUGAGAUAUGAUGAUAAGAGGAAAUUAUUAUUCAUUAUUUGUGAUGGUAUGAUUGUUGGUACUGGUAAUGACCGACCGACGCCACGUAUCGUUCUAGAUAUAUUGGGUGUUGAUCCAAACAUGGAUCCGGAACCUCUCAGCUUUUUGUCACUUGGUGAAGGUUCUAAACAACAUAAUAUGGGGAAAGUUUAUUCUGGAUUAUAUGAAUGUAAUGGACAUGUUGUACCUUAUCUUGUAGUAGUUAAAGUCGGCAAAGCAACAGAAAGAUCUCGACCUGGUAACCGUGGUAAACGUGAUUCUCAAUUGGUACUUAUGAAAUUCUUGAAUAAAGUACAUUUCAACACUGAAAUGACUCCCUUGGAAUUGGAAAUGUAUCAUCAAAUUAAGAACGUUAUUGGUGUAAACCCUAGUUUCUACGAAUAUGUUCUUAUGGUGGAUGCUGAUACUGAAGUUUUGCCAGAUUCGUUGAAUCGUCUUGUGUCUGCAUUCAUGCAUGAUACUAAAGUAAUGGGUCUUUGUGGUGAAACAACUCUUGCUAAUGAAAAAGAUUCUUGGGUCACUAUGAUUCAAGUAUACGAAUAUUACAUAUCUCACCAUCUCUCCAAAGCAUUCGAAUCUCUUUUCGGUAGUGUCACUUGUUUACCCGGCUGUUUCUGCAUGUAUCGAGUUCGUACUCCUGACACACACAAACCUUUAUUAAUUAGCAAUCAAGUUAUUGAUGAUUAUUCUGAGAAUAUUGUUGAUACUUUGCACAAGAAAAAUUUGCUUUCCCUUGGUGAAGAUCGUUAUUUGACAACACUUAUGAUGAAACAUUUUUCAAAUUACAAGAUGACAUUUGUUCCAGAUGCACAAUGCAAAACUACAGCUCCAGAUCAAUGGUCCGUUCUUAUUUCUCAACGUCGCCGAUGGAUUAAUUCCACUGUUCAUAAUCUUAUGGAAUUAGUAUUCUUACCACAACUUUGUGGUUUCUGCUGUUUUUCAAUGCGUUUCAUUGUUAUGAUUGAUUUAUUCGCAACUCUCAUCAUGCCAGCAACUGUUUGCUAUCUUGGUUAUCUGAUUGUUCAAGUCAUAAGAGAACCAACGAGUAUCCCUAUAUUGUCAUUAGCUUUACUUGCUGCUGUAUAUGGUUUACAAGCAGUUAUAUUUAUUCUUCGCAGAAAAUGGGAACAUGUCGGUUGGAUGAUCGUUUAUAUUAUUGCUAUGCCCGUCUUUUCUUUAUACCUACCAGUUUAUGCAUUCUGGCAUUUUGAUGAUUUCUCAUGGGGUAAUACUCGUACUGUUGUUGGUGAAAAAGGCAAAAAAACGGUAGUAACUGACGAAGGAAAAUUUGAUCCAAAGAGUAUUCCUAAAAAGAAGUGGUCAGAUUAUGAACAAGAAUUAUGGGAAGUUAAUACACAAGGAUCUCAAGAUUCCGCACACACUAAAGUUUCGGACCGUUCUUAUCAUUCUGGUCGAUCAAAUAAGAAAUUAGGAUCUGCCCCUGGAUCUCAAGCUGGCUCAGUUUAUGGCGAUUAUCUUGAAGAACGUAGUG